UUUCUCGGUGCGUGAUGGCGGACAGAUGAACGAGAUAGGCCGGAAGACGCCCUCGAGGCGGGAGACUCGUUCGUCCAGGUCCGGCCCUCCAGGGGGACUGAGGAUACUGGCACAUGGCCGUCCCGGGGCAGUUCAAGUACGCGACGUAUCCGGCCGCAUAAGGUGGCUGGAUGGAGGUGCCUUCGGCAACGUCGUUACAUGGGUCAUUGGGCUGCCAGGUUUUGAGGAGGAGCUCGCAAAGGCGGUCGACGAGGCUGUCGGAUGGGAAGAGAGCGGGAAUCUCAACAGGGCGUUGCCGUCGUGGAAGAAGGUGCUCGAGCUGUUGAUGGGGCCCGGGAGCUCGCAUAUGGACCGCCAAAAGCGGUUCAUGGCACUGACAAAGCUAGCGGUGCUGUCGUCGCAGCUGAACCGGACUGACGAGGCCAUCAGUUACUGGUGCGAUGCGCUGGAGCUAUCGGAGAAGCUGUAUGGCAUCCACAGCAUAAACAACUUCAACAUCAUCAACUCGAUCGCCGUCAUCUUCGACGAGCGGGGAGACUACGGCCAAGCAGCGCCGCUUUACCGCCGUUCCCUCGCCGGGCGGCUGCGGAUCCGCGGCCCGGACCACGCCGACACGCUGAUGAGCAUGCAGGAACUGGGCAUGGCCAACUGGCGACUCAACCGCGCGACUGCCGCCCGGAAACUCCUCGAGAAAGCGUGUCUCGGCUACGAGAACCUCCGACCGCGGGACGACGGCAAGAUGGUUUUCAUGGUUCUCCUGAACCUCGCGUCCGUAUACGGCAGCUUGGGCAUGAAGACAUCCGCAGAGGCGCUCCUUCUCAACGGCAUCCCCCGUAUGCGUGCCGCCCUCGGCCUCCAGGACAAGGUCCUUGCUUAUGCUCUCGGCAGCUACCUUCAGCAGCGCCAAGGCACUGCUCUCCCACCUACCAUCCUCGAUACCAUCCAAGCCGUCCGCCAGAAGUCCGAUUCCGAGCACUGGGCGGUGGUGGCCGAGGCCCUUGCCGCUUUCCAUUGCCAGAACCGUCGAUACCGCGACGGCCUCCGCCUCUACCAGGAAGUCAUCCAACGGCAUCACCAGCAACACCAAGUUCCCAAUGACCCCAGGCUCGUCAAGACCAUUCACGCCGUCGCCCACUGCCACGAACUCCUCGGCGAGCUUGUUGAAGCAGAAGCCGCCUGCCGCAAGUGGGCCUCCCUCGUCGCCCCGGGGACACCAACCCAUGCCUUCGCCACGCAGUCCCUGGACAAGAUCCGCCGCCGACUCGACAACAUCUCCACCGAGCGCCAGAAAUGGGAUCUCCCUCCGUACACUUCCCCCUCGACCCUUCCGGCACCCCGGCCCUGUGCAGUCUGCAAGAACCACACCAACCAGCUAUGCCCAGACUGCCAAAUAUUCCCCCUCUGUCCAAUCUCCGACUCGCCCUCCUGCACCGAGAAACACAAAAGCUGCAGCCAAUGCGUCCCCUCCCUCCUGCCCUCCGAAUCCCAAACCGCCCUGCUCGACCCAGCCUUCCCCGCCCCGGACCUCGCAGCCCGCUUCCAGACCCUCUUUGCUGGCGACGAGCACCUACGCCACACCUUCCUCUCCGGGAAUCCUAGUACUAGUACUCAGCCUCCCAGACUAAUAACCACGCAAGCGCUAUUCGUGGCGAUACGACCGCGAUGUAUCGCCACCGUCCGCCUUCCCAAGCGGCGAGACAGGCUGGUCUCGUUCUGGUUCAACACCCGGUGCAAUGCCGACGUGAGGAUCCGGUGGCGGUCGGGCGGCCCAUGGGGGGUUGAUGCUGCUAUGGUUUGUGGUGGUGGUGGGUGGAAGGAUUUGAGGGGCGCCGCCGGGAUGGGGAUGAUGUAUCUGUAUCCUUCAGACGAUGACUAUUGGUUGUUGGUUGCGCCUGGGGAGGAGACGCUGGGGAAGGCAAGGCAGGAGAGGGCGCACGUGUUUCCUGAUGAGGAUGGUGGGAAGGGAGGGCUGACGGCGGAGGGAGUGCCAGAUAGGGAAAUGCUGGAGUGGCUGCAGCUGGUGGAUGGUGAUGAUGACGGGGAGUGGAACCGGAACAGUGGUGGUGGUCUCGGGCUUAAAUUGGAGCUGGUGCUUGUCAUGAUGGAGUGGGAGUGUUGAGAAUGGCUAUCUACCUAAGGGAGACAAUUGAAGAUCUCGGU